AUGGCGGUUCGGCGUUCCGCCCGCCUGCGUAGCCAGGGAACUCCAGAUAGCGAUGAAUCUACCCCUCAGCCUGUCGCACCUUCUCAACUUCCUUCUGUUGAGGAAAACGAUGAGGCGCCGAGUAAUGAUCAGCCUGCUGUCCGCACACCAGUCACCAAAAAGACGACCCAGAAACGUAUUUUCACAAAUUCGCACCAGGAGUCCAAGGAGGCUAGAACACCAACUAGCGCGUCUGCUGUUCGCCCGUCUGCGAACGAAAUGCAUCCUAGCAAGGCACACCAAAGCACUACCAAGAAAGUCGAUUCAGGCCUAAUCCUCGGUUUCAACCCCAUCAAGAAAGACGCGGCCGGAAAUGUCUUGAAAGAGGGCGCGGUUGAAAAGACUCCUUCCAAGACCAAGCCCUCGCCUGCGCCCAGUCAAUUCGGUACACCAGGCUACGAGUUCAAAUUCGGACAAGAGUCAGAUCUGAGCAAUGCGGCCCAGCAAUUAAUGGAAACAAUUCGUCAGGAGGCCAGGCAGGCUAGAGCAAACAUGGAGCCGACCGAAGCAGAACAGCAGAAGCGCGAUCUUCGGGCUCCCAUCGAACGAAAGAUCGCAAAAGCAAGGGGUCAGGCGGGACGGUUCAGCGAUGUGCAUAUGGCCGAGUUCAAGAAAAUGGACUCGAUUGCCAAUCACCCUUCCUCUUUCCGGGCCGCUCCUGGUCGCUUCGAGCCUGCAACAAAGUCAUUGAAGCGUACAAAGUCCAAGGCUCAGUUGGACGAACCCGAACCCCAAAACGAGUCGCCAUCACGAUCCUCGUCGUCAGCAAAGCCAUCGGCCGUGCCUGUUCCUACUGCCACGGCUAAGCGUGUCAAACGCAACGCCGCAGAUGAUACAACAGCCAGCCGUUCAAACGUUGAGGGUGCUGAAAAGAAAGAAGAUGCUGCACCGAAACCUGUUGCCCCUCGGGCGCGGCCUCGCUCCGCAGUUCGCAGCUCUCUGAUGACACCGACUCGGUCUUCCAUGGCGCGCACGUCAUCAAUCUCCCUUAGCCUCAAGGCCCCCAAAACAUCGCUGAUUCCUUCUUUGGCACGCUCGCCCUCCACCCAGGCUCUGGCCUCUCCGCGCACUCCUCGAACUGAAUUCAACCCGCGGUUCAAGACUAACCUGCCCACGUUUAACAAUCUUAAGUCUAUUCUUCGCAGACGCCAGCCAUUAUUCUCUCGCAACCCAGCCAAGAUUGCCGCUGGUACUCAUACUGCUGCCCCUGACUUCAACCCUGACUUGCUUUUCGCUGGCCAGAAUGAUCAGAAUGACGCCGCCCCAAGUCCAUCGCCAAAGAAGCACGUUGAAUUUACCCCCAGCGUCAAGUCUCGUCAUGGAGUGGCUGAGGCCUCCCCUUCCCCUUCCAAGGUUCCCACCACUCCAUCCCGUUCCAAGCUGUCUGAGAUUGUCUAUCCAACUCUCCCUACUCUUACCCCGGAUCAUAAAUCAGCUACUGAGGCCAGCACUACUCCGACCGGGUCACCCUCUAUUCGCCAUGUUCGCUCCUCGGAAGUGGGCAAAUUGGAGCCUACCUGGCCCGAGCUCCCCGUCGUGGCCCACGGGGUGUCUCAUGGUCUGAGUAACAAGAAGAGACGCCGGGAGGACUUUGACGAUGAUGAUGUUCCCAAUGCCGAGGAUGCUGAGAACGUGCCACCUUCUGACGCCCAGUCCGAUGAGCGUGGUACGAAGAGAUUGAAGGCAAACCCGCCUACUCCCAGCCCUAUCAAAUCACGUCCUAUGAAAACUCCAAAUCGCUCUGUUUCCUCCAAUCGGUUUGGCACCCCUGCUAGUACGAAACAGAAGCGUCCGGGCAUGCUCAGUCUGAGUCGUUUGAACAUGCUCGCCAAACCAAAGGGACAGGCUUAA